GUCGCGCGUCAGGCUACAGACGUUCGGACGGCGAGCCAAGGUGCUAACACUGUGGCCGCUCCUAGGAUCAUGUCGCUCCCGGAGAGACCGGGCGCGACGCCCUCGUACGAAGAACGGCACAGUUACCGACACUCGCAGCCACGACGCCAACACCGGCCCGCCGACCUCGAGGCCGGUGGGUAUGCUCCUGUCGGAGGCGGACAGUCACUGCAUCAACGUGGGCCAUCAGCAUCCUCUUUCGCCGAGACUAUUGCGUCCCCUAAUAAUCCGGAAAUAGAGAGAACUCCCCUAUCGCCAACCUCGCCACAUGCACAACCCGCGGAGUUGCCGUUCCAGCGGAAAAGGAGUCUCAUCCGGCCGGAACGGAAUAGGAUAGGCAAAGAUCAUCCCAAUUACCACUAUCGGAAGCAUGCCGCCAACAUGAACACUCUGCCGUCCUCGACGGGCAAUGACCCUAUCGCGGAGGACGUGGAAGGAGCCACAGACCUGUCUGGGUCGGGGUCUGGGUCGAGGAACGACGAGGUGCUCUCGGACGCUUCGCCGCCCAGGAAGAUCCGCUCGGCAAGGCACCGCAGUGGCACUGAGGAGGAAAAGGCGAACCGUGCCAGGCGGAGGGCGUCGAGCGGCGCCAAGCACGCGAAGAUCACCAAGGAGUCGAAGCGCCAGCGCGAGGUCGAGCAGAUACGGCCGCCGAGUCUGUGGAACAUCUACUGCGCGAUCGUGACUUUCUGGUGCCCAGGCUUCAUUCUCAAGUGCUUCGGGAUGCCAUCCAAGGCCCAGCAACGAGCAUGGAGGGAGAAGAUGGGUCUCAUCAGCAUCAUUCUGCUCAUCAUGGCCUUCGUCGGCUUUCUCACUUUCGGUUUUACGCAAACCGUCUGCGGCCAACCCCCGCUUCGGCUGCGUGUGAACGAGGUGACAAAUGGUUACAUGAUCUUCCAUGGAUCGGCAUACGACCUUUCGGGUUCCCAUCAUCCCCCCGCGGAGGGGAUCCCCCGACGCGCGGACGGCAGCGGAGCUAACGUCCUCUACGACCUCCCGGAGAAGCACGGCGGGCAGGACGGGAGCUUCCUGUUUCAGAACGUCAACGGCAAGUGCAAGGGACUUAUCAAGGCAGCUCCCGGUUCCGACGUGCCGACCGAUGCGAGCGGCAACCUGGCGUGGUACUUUCCCUGCAACACCUUCAACCAGGACGGAUCCACGAAACCGAACCUGACGAUUCCAUACUAUCUUGGAUAUGCGUGCCACACCACUGCCGCCGCCAGAGACGCGUUCUAUUUGGGUCUCAAGGGGGCCGCGGAUGUCUAUUUCACUUGGGAUGACAUCAAGAACAGUUCUCGCAACCUCGUCGUCUAUUCCGGCACCGUCCUCGAUCUUGACCUCCUGAACUGGUUCAAUGACUCGCAAGUUACCUAUCCCGACCGCUUCAAGGAGCUCCGCGACCGGAACUCGCCCGCGAACAAGGCGAUUCGCGGGCGCGACAUCACGCGGGCCUUCCAGUCCUCCAGCGAUAAGCAGAAUGCCGAAUGCUUCGAAGAGAUCAUCAAGGUUGGGACGGUCGACACGGAUACCGUGGGGUGCAUUGCCUCGCAGGUCGUGCUCUAUGUCUCACUCGUGCUGAUUCUCUCCGUUGUCCUGGCGAGAUUUGUGCUCGCCUUGGUUUUCCAGUGGUUCAUAAGCAAAACCUACGCUGCGGCCAAGACGUCGCAGACCUCCGACCCGCGGAAGCGCAACCGGCAGAUCGAGGACUGGACGGAGGACAUCUACCGCGCCCCGCCGAGGAUGCCGGGUGACAUUGGCAGCAGCGUCAACGGCUCCGAUCGGCACAGCAAGCGCAGCAGCACCUUCUUGCCCACGACCUCCCGCUUCUCGGCUGUCUACGGUGCCGACCGAUCAAGCCGCAGGUCCGGGCUCCCCACCACCAUGGCCAGCCAGAGUGCCGCCGGACAGCUCCUCAACCCCGGCGCGAUGUAUCGGCACGGUAACGACAGCCGGACAAGCUUUCUCAAGUCGGAUCCGUACGCAACGAGCAGCAGCCCCACCGAUGGCCCAGGGCCUGCGGGCUUCAUCCACGAGGCCGUGGUCCCCCAGCCGCCGUCGGACUGGAUGCCGUUCGGGUUCCCGCUGGCCCACGCCAUCUGCCUGGUGACAGCCUACUCGGAAGGCGAGCUCGGCAUCCGAACAACCCUCGACUCGAUCGCAAUGACGGAUUACCCGAACAGCCACAAGGUGAUCCUCGUCAUCUGCGACGGUAUCAUCAAGGGCAAGGGAGAAACCAUGUCGACGCCCGACAUCGUCCUGAGCAUGAUGAAGGAUCACAGCACGCCUCCCGAGGAUGUCGAGGCAUUCUCGUACGUGGCUGUUGCGAGCGGCUCCAAGCGCCACAACAUGGCCAAGAUCUACUCGGGCUUCUACGAUUAUGGUGCCAAGUCAGCCAUUCCGGUCGACAAGCAGCAGCGGGUCCCUAUGAUGGUCGUUGUGAAGUGCGGCACGCCGGAUGAGGCGGGCAAGGCGAAGCCCGGAAACCGUGGCAAGCGCGACAGCCAGAUCAUCUUGAUGUCCUUCCUCCAGAAGGUCAUGUUCGACGAGCGCAUGACGGAGCUCGAGUACGAGAUGUUCAACGGGCUGUGGAAGGUUACGGGAAUCUCGCCCGACUUCUACGAGGUCGUGCUCAUGGUAGAUGCCGACACCAAGGUGUUCCCUGACAGUCUGACGCACAUGAUCUCGGCCAUGGUCAAAGAUCCCGAGAUCAUGGGUCUCUGCGGCGAAACCAAGAUCGCGAACAAGCGAGCCAGCUGGGUUUCGGCCAUACAGGUCUUCGAGUACUUCAUCUCUCACCACCUCGCCAAGUCGUUCGAGUCGGUCUUCGGCGGUGUCACCUGUCUUCCCGGGUGUUUCUGCAUGUACCGCAUCAAGGCGCCCAAGGGCGCCCAGAACUACUGGGUCCCCAUCUUGGCCAACCCGGACGUGGUCGAGCACUACUCUGAGAACGUGGUCGACACGCUGCACAAGAAGAAUCUCUUGCUGCUGGGCGAGGAUCGCUACCUCUCGACCUUGAUGUUGCGUACCUUCCCCAAGCGCAAGCAGGUCUUCGUGCCUCAAGCCGUGUGCAAGACGACAGUCCCCGACGAGUUCAUGGUCCUGCUCUCCCAGCGCCGCCGGUGGAUCAACUCGACGAUCCACAACUUGAUGGAACUUGUCCUCGUCAAGGAUCUGUGUGGCACCUUCUGCUUCAGCAUGCAGUUCAUUGUUUUCGUCGAGCUUAUUGGCACGCUUGUUUUGCCUGCCGCCAUCGCGUUCACAUUCUAUGUUGUCAUCAUCUCCAUUAUCCACUCGCCGCCACAGAUCAUCCCGCUCGUCCUGCUCGCGCUGAUCCUCGGUCUUCCGGCUGUCCUGAUCGUGGUGACAGCGCACAGCUGGUCGUACGUGGUUUGGAUGUUAAUCUACCUGCUUUCGCUCCCCAUUUGGAACUUUGUGCUGCCGACCUACGCAUUCUGGAAGUUCGACGACUUCUCGUGGGGCGAGACGCGAAAGACGGCGGGCGACAAGACCAAGAAGGCGGGCAUCGAGUACGAGGGCGAGUUCGACAGCAGCAAGAUCACCAUGAAGCGGUGGGCCGAGUUCGAGCGCGACCGCCGCGUCCGCAACAACUACUGGGGCUCGACUGAGAACGUCGUUGGCGGCAGCCAGCCGCAUGGCCACGGGCCGUACGAUGGCUACUACUCGGACAUGUAAGCCGAAGCUUGUUUGGGAAAGCUCCUCUUCUUUGUCAGGCGACGUUUUCGAGACAUAGACCCCGUCAUGGCCAGCGUGACAGCUCCCAAUUUUUUUUUCUUGCUUUUGCAGCAACACGUCUUCUUUUGGGGUGAGAUGGGGUGCUUGGUUGGUGGUGCUUGCUUUUGGAGUCCGACUCGGUUUUGGGUGGAUCAGAGCGGUUUCCCGGCCUCCAUUCUCACUUGUCACCAUUUGUACUUGUCGUUUCUUUCCGUCCUGCACCCCUCA